CCUAGAUGAAGAAGUGUCAUUGUUGUUUGGCGAUUUAGUGCGGAAAUUCCUUGGUUUUUAAUCAAACGUAGAUCACGACAGAUAAAGUUAAUACAGGUUAAACAAAACUAGAAUCCUGUUAAAGGUUUCUGUUUCAUCAUUUUUCACAAUUCCAUAAAACGUAAAGUGUAAAUUAUUGAUCUGGCAAUGACGUACUAACAUACUUUGACAUAACCAUAACCUCUUCAAAUCAGCUGUUUGCUGUUUAUUUGUAUCAAUUUGGAACUUCCUUGGAAUUUUUUGGAAAAAAUUCAGAAUGCAAUUCAGGUCGAACGAGUAAUAAUACCCUCGGCUCAGUACCUGUUUUGCAUUUUAUUUCUGUUCAACUGGAUACGUGUUUAGAUAGAGCAAUGGAUAUCCUGUCCAUCAGUGCAAAUAAUCAGGAAAAAGCAGCAAUAAAACCUAUAGCUGGAAAAAUUUUGCUUGGUGUGACUGGUGGUUUAGCGAUAGGCUUAACAGCAAUUUUUGCACCAUUUGUAAGUCCUGCAUUAAGGAAAUUCUGCUUACCUUACAUCCCAGCAACAAAUGAACAAAUCAAGAACAUUUUAAAUGGUCUGAAAGGCAGAACAGGCACUGUGUUAGAUCUUGGGUCAGGAGAUGGUCGCAUAGUUUUACAUGCUGCCAAAAACAAGUUCAUUUCACAUGGUGUGGAGCUGAAUCCAUGGCUAGUGGCUUAUUCAAAAUUUGAUGCAUUUAGAAAAGGAUUGUCAGAUAAAACAAAGUUUUAUAGAAAAGAUCUAUGGAAAUAUGAUAUCUCAAAAUAUGAUAAUGUUGUCAUUUUUGGUGUAGAGCAAAUGAUGGGCGACUUGGAAAAGAAAAUCUUGAAAGAAUGCAAGUCUGAUUGUAAGAUUAUAGCAUGCAGAUUUCCCUUGCCAAACAUGGUACCUUCUACAGUUAUUGGACAUGGUAUUGAUACUGUUUGGGUUUAUGACUGUAAAAAAUCAUGACAAUUAUCAGAGUCUCAUUUCAGGAGACAGCUUUUUGAUUAUUUGCCUAUCGUCUAUUGUGUGUUGUCUAUUUAUUUAUUGAAUUAGCUUAUUCUACACAUCUUUCGAAUCUGCAAGACAGUCAUUUAGAAAUGUGAAUAGUACACUGUUUUAUGCUUUUACUAUAUGUCAAGUAAAUAAAAAUAAUCUGUUCUGCACAAAAAUCCUAUCCGCCAAACAAAUACGUUAUUUCGAUAAGUUCUACAUAUUUAACCCUUACACCGACCUUUAAAUUGUCGUAUCACGUAAUGGAGUCCAGAGAGUACCAACAAUAUGCUUUAAGCAGGUGUACUCUGCAGGUGUAAGAAUGUGCGAUAUUUAUCUUUCUAUAGCAUAAUGUGGUACGACGUUGCCAAGUCUACGUUUUAUCUUAGUCUAGGGAAAGUAGGUACAAUCUGGCAACACCGCACGGCUAGAGCUUCAAAUAAAGAAGGUACCUAUUGAACCCCAUGUAAUUCCAGAUCUCACCGUACCCUAUAGUCGUCGGACUGUUACUUAUUGAAUGGCCC